AUGAAUGUAAAAAAGUUUAGCCCAACAACUGGUCAAGAAAAUUUUUCACCAACAAAUCAAAAUAAAGUUCAUGAUAAUUCUAGUAUGUUUGAAUCUUCAAGUUCUUCUGUUACAACAACUAAAAGUGAUAUUUGUGGUUACUGUUUAAAUAAAGGAAAAGAUCAUAAUAUGAAAGAUUGUAUAAAAAAAGCUACCACUGAUUCGUUAGAUUUAAAAGUUUUAGAAAAAACAAGAACAUUAUCAACUGAAACAAUGGAAGUUUCAUUAGAAAAUUUAGAUGAAACAGAAAUAGUUAUGAAAAGAGAUAGAUUAAUUCGAUCAUUUAUUAUAGAAAUUGCAGAUGGAAAUAUUAUAGGUGUUAAGAAAUUAAUUAAAGAUUAUCGUAUUAAGAUAGAUGAUCAUUGUCCUCAAGAUAUACCAAUACUUUUUUAUGCCAUCAAAUAUGAUCGUACAUCAAUAUUAGAAUAUAUGUUAUCAAAAAAUGUUGAUAUUUAUCAAAGUACUCCUAAACAAAGAAAUAUACUACAUUUUACUAUAAGAUAUAACAAAAUAAAAUGUUUCAAAGUAAUUUGUCGUUAUAUACUAGAAAUUAUACAAAAAUGUAGAAAAAAAAGUAGAUUUUUUAGUUUAGUUUCUAAAAAAGGAAAAAACAAUGCAAUGUUUAAAUUAAUUAAUCUUGUCAAACAAAAAGAUUCUGAUGGAAAUACACCAUUACAUUUGGCUUGCCGUCUUACAAAUUCAGAUAUUCUUCAAAAAUUAUUAACAAUAUAUUUUAAAAUUUUUAAAGAUCCAUCUGAAUUGGUAGAUAUUUUUCAGGAAAAAAAUUGUGAAAAUGAAACUAUCCUCCAUGUAGCAGCAUCAUUUCGUAGUGCUGAAGUUAUAUUUAUAUUAUUUGAAAAACUUGGAAAUAUUUAUUCUUCCUCAGCUUUUGAAAAAACAGAUACAACAAUUAAAAGAUUAAAAGAAUCACUUAUUCAAAUGAUUUCAUGGAAUAAUAUAAUUGGAGAAAAUUUAUUAUUUAUCUUGUGUAAAAGUACAUGUAUUUGUAUUAAAAAUGUUGAAGAAAGUAAGAAAAAUAAUAAGUCAACAUGUAUAUUAAAAAAUAAAAAUUAUGAGGGAUCAUUUUAUAUUGAGGAUAAAGAACAUUGUGAAAAUUGUUUUAUUUCUAUAGCUACAUUUAUGAAAAUAAUAUUUAAAUAUCGUUCAGAGGUUUUUCAUACUUUUGAUAAUCAGGGAAGACACCCAAUAUCAGCUGCUGCAAUUUAUGGAAAUUUAUUAUUAUUAAAACAACUUGUAGAAUUAAUUAAAUUAGACCCAAAUACAGUUGAUAAAUAUAAUAGAACACCACUACAUCAUGCCUCUUCACGUGGAUUUAUUUCUAUGGUUAAAUAUUUAACUGAAAAAUGUAAAGUAAACAUGUUUAUUAAAGAUGACCAUGGUGUUACUGCAUUACAUUAUGCUACAAUUAAAGAUUAUUGUGAUAUUAUUGAAAUUCUUUUGAUUGCUAAUCGCAGAUGUGAUAUUAAAAAUUCAUAUGGUCAUACCUCUUUGAUGUGGGCUGUAAUAAAUGGAUGUUUAAAAGCAUUAGAAAAGAUUAUAUUACUAGAUCCAACACAUUGUAGAAAUGAAUUUGACUAUGAUGGAUUUAAUGCUGUUCAUUUGGCAGUAAAAUUUGGGCAAGUUAAAGCAUUAAAAAUGCUUCUUGAAAAUGGAUGGGAUAUAUUUACAAAAACAUUACAUGGAUUAAAUAUUAUUCAAGUAGCAAUAAAAGCAAAUAGUGUAAAUAUGUUAGAAAUAUUAUUAAAUGAUUAUAUACCUAUAGAAGAGUGUGAUGACUUUGGAAAUACACUUCUUCAUACAGCAGCAUCAAAUAAAAAAUAUUUACCAAUUUUGGAGUAUGUAUUAAAAAGAAGAGAUAUAAAAUCUAAAUUAUUAAAUUAUGUUAAUAAAGAUGGUCAAACUCCAAUAAAUUAUGCAGCCUCCCUUGGAUGUACAGGAGCAUUUAAGCUUCUAUUAAAUAAUGAUGCAAAUGUAAAUAUUCAAGAUAAUAAUGGUUAUAAUGCUUUUAUGAGAGCAGCAAAAAAUAAUAUGUGGAGUGUAUUAACUUUAGUAUUUGAUUGUAAAAUUGAUUAUAAUGCUGUAAAUGAGGUGGAAAAAAAGACAUUAUUAGAUUAUGUUCUUGAAACAUCCAAUUAUCCUGUAGCUAUGUUUUUACGUCAACAAAAUAGUAAAACAAUAGAAGAAUUGGAGAGAUAA